UCCAGGAAAUUCCCCAAAAGGUUCGCCGAACUUCCCUGAAACCCGAUCGUCCUGGCGAACAAUGUCUUGGUCUCGCCCUUUCGCGGGGGAAAAAGCCUCAUUCAUCGGAUGAGUAAAAAUAAGUCCGGAUUACAAGGGGAAUGAAUAAAAAAUAAAUAAAAAAAGAGGGAAGAAGAGGAAGAAAAAAAGAAGAAUGUGGAGUUUAUUAAGUAAACGAGAAUUGUUUUCAGAGGUGGCAUCGGUUUUGGAAAGCGGGUGAGGGGAAAUAUGGCGAAUCUUGGGGAUUUUUUCUAUUUAUUUAUUUAUCUAUUUUUUGCAAGUAUAUUGAUUUGUGAGACGUUGCUGGUGCUUAAUAUGAAGAAAUUAGAGGUUGUUGAUUUGCAAGAUAUUAUGAUACCGAAUGAUACAUUGCUCUCUAAACCUCUCGUUUUAGAGGUUUAGAGAACGCUUCGACUCUCGUCUAGGGAAGUCCCUGACUGGAGCAUUUUUAGGGGAAAUCACAAUCAUUCUUCCAUCUCUAUACUAUAUUAUUUUAUACAUGUAAUAAGCAAUCUACUACGUAUCUACUGAUUCUCCCUUUUUCAUCUUUCAUUCUUUCAUCUUAAUUCUCUAUUAGUUUCACACGUAAUGAAAAGCAGAAUUAGAAGCCAAAAAAAAAAAAAAAAAAGGUUUAACCGCUGUUCCUCUCGCCCUUCUGCAGAAGAGAAUGCUGCUGCUGCUGGUCUCGGCGCUGGCGUGCUUCGCGGGCGUGGCGCGUGCCUCGGAGCCACCCGUGAGCCCAUGGCAGGUGCUCAACCCGCCCCUCGAGGCAGACUUCGACAUCGACUCGCUCCAGAACACCUACCCUGAGGAGUACGAGGCCGACUCCAACGUCACCGUUUACGAGGAUGAGGAGGAGGAGGAGGAGGAGGAGAUGCACAUCCCCGAGCUGCCCUUCAAACUGCCCUUCAAACUGGACAAGAAGCAGAUUGCCGUGGCCAUGAAGCUCCUGAAGGAGGCUGUGAAGCCCAUACUGAAGAGCAGGACGUUCCGCGAGACCGUAGCUUACCUCGACGACUCUCUGGCCAGCUACAAAGACGACAUCGAGACCCAGCUGUACCUCAGGCUCGCCCUCGACUCGGCGCAGGACAUCUACGAGGGCAAGGAGGCAGGGCAGAUCCACUCGAUCGUCAAGGAGUUCUUCACCGACAUGAGUGACGAGGAGACAGCUCGCACCAUCGAAGACAUGUGGGAUUACGUGUCGCCCGCCAUGGACGUGUGGUUCUACACCCCCGUCAGGAAGUACCUGGUCGACCCCGUCAGGGAAUACCUGUACUACCCAGUCUCCAACGUCAUCAACGACUUCGCUGAUCGCAUCGGCAGAUUCAUGAACAACGACUAUGAUUCGUCCUACGUCAGCGUCCAGUACCCGCAGUACCAGAGAUGGAGCGAUUCCGUCAACAGGUUCACCAACAGGAUCUCCAAGUGGACCAGCCAGGCCCGCCGCAGCCUCGAGACCGCCGCGAGGGUCAUCGAGGCCCAGGACGAGCAGUACGAGGCCAGGGCUUGUGGAGGAUCCUGCGGAGACACCAAUCUGGAGGAGGCAGCGAUUGAUCUUGAUGUCCAGUGAUCAUGAACUUCAAUUUGAUGACGGAGACGCCUACAACCAGUACACAAAGAGCGAACUUUUAUAAGUUUUCGUUCGGAGAAGGAAAACAAAGGAAAAGAAAAGGAAAAAAAAGAAUAACUGCAGCACGACCUGACCUGGAGGGAAGAGGGAAUAAGAAGAAACAGAAGAGCAUCGGGAUUUUUUUUAUUUUUUCUUUUUCUUUCUCUUUCUGUUUCUCUCUUUCUCUUCGCCGGUGACUCGCUGACAACUCGACAGCGACUUAAGGACUGUGAUGAUAUGUUUUUAGUUUUUUCUUCUAUUUUUGUUCAACCUUUAAAAAAAAAAAUAAUAAUAAUAAUUGCGAGAAGAAAAGAGGGAUUGGAAGAGGAAAAAUUCAGGUUGUUGCGGAUUAUGGCUGAUUGUUACAUAUGAUUUUUUUUUUCUUCUUUAUUUUGGUUGUCAAGUCCUCGGCUUAAACAGAAAUGGUCCGUCCUGAUCUAAAGGCUUUUUCAGCGGCCUUUUCUCUCUCCGUGUUAUUGUCCAAUCGCCUUUUAUUUUAAUCUCAAGCUCUUGAGUUUUGUAAUUACCUCACUGCAUUUUUUGUAAACUGUCAUGGAUUCCAUAUUUCAGCUCUCAAGUGAUGCUUUUAGAGGGUGCAUAUGUUUUUAUGUUAGACAGCCCCUUUCAUAUGCCUGUGUAAGGCGGUUGAAUAUAUACAUACAUGUAUGAUAUAUAUAUAUAUAUAUAUAUAUAUAUAUAUAUAUAUAUAUGUAUGUAUGUAUGUAUGUAUGUAUGUUUACGUAUAUAUGUAUGUAUGUACGUUUGUAUGUAUAUAUGCUUAUAUAUAUACAUACGUACACAAGAGUACAUGCUUAUGUGUGAGUACAUAUGCUUGCGCGUGUACCCACCCACACAUGCACACGUAUGCCAACCCGAGUAUAUUCAAACCUCGACUUUCUUAUCGACGCAAGACCGUUAGUCAAUCCCAUCUCAUUUUCUCUUAAUCUUCAGCGAUCCCAACUCUCGAUUUCUCUCCAAAACGGGUGACACUUCAUUCUCGAUAAGGGUUCUGUCAUGACAUCAGUGACCAAAGACAUAGUAGUGUAUCAGUAGACAAGUUCAAGACAGUUCUGUGAAUUCUCGACCUUUGAUACGAAGUGACUCGACUGUCUGAGGAGGCGCAAGGCAGUCAGGAUUUCAGCCCUGUUUCUCACUUUCUUUUUGGAUUAUUCACUUUUUGUGUGAUUUUUUUUUUUUUCAUCGUUUUAAUCUGUGGGAGAAUGUGAAUGUUUGAUUUGAGGAUCUGUUUCACUGGAGUAUUGUAGACUGUCUGUAUAUGCAAAUCGUAUUUAUAUGUAUCCAAGAUUAUGCAUAUUUGCCAAAAUAGUUGAGUUUUCAGUCACUUCAGUAAUUCAAAAUAUUAAGGAUAUAUAAUCUCAUUAACGUCAUUUUUUCUUAUAGACCUUUUGUUUCAUUUUAUUUUAUUUUUUCUUACUAAUAUACCGUUGUUAUUUAUUGCCAGCAUAUUUAUUUGUAACUAAGUAGAAACUUUUCGAAUUGUUUUCAUUACAUUUUGCAGGACAAAAUUGUAAGAAAUAAAAAGAGACAGGACAGAAGACUGCAAAUGUUGUUGUUGUUGAUUUUGUCUUGUUGUACAUAGUAAUAAGCUGACUUUUCCAAUAAAGUAUUUGUUAAGUUU